AAUUCUCGUCACCUUCUCUUCUGGCUCCGUUUCCCUUUCAUCUUCCUCCCGUCCGCUUUGUUGUUGCAUCUCUUAGCAUCAGUAGCUCUUUGCUUCCCUCUCCUCUUGCCUUUAAUCCCGUCUUUCUCGACGAAAUCCUUCCCAUCUACUAUCACCAUGUUGCCCAUUCUUCUCCUCUCCACCCUGGUGGCCUCGGCAACGGCCGCCAACAACUACACCUUCCCCGAGGGAUUUGACUUGAACAAGGUUGACUCGUCGGAACGAGCUUCCUGGUGUGUUGCGGAGCGGAACGCCUGCCCUAAGAUCUGCGGCGGAGUCUCCAACGCCAACUCUUGUGAUCCUUCCACUCUGGAUUUCACCUGCACUUGCGGCAAUGGCACUGCCGCCAACGUUGCGCUCUACCAGCAGACCGUGCCUUACUUCGUUUGCCAGGCGAACUUCGCGCAGUGCAUCGAGCGCUCCCCGGGUCUGGACGAACAAGAGAAGUGUAAGGAAGCUCGCAGCGAGUGCGGUUCACUGAAUGCCUCCGAGGCGUCGUCCUCGUCCUCGAAGACGACUUCUGCUACCUCCUUGCCCACCGCGACCGAUUCAUCCGACAGCUCCAACGAUGACGAAGAGACCAGCUCCGCGACUAGCACCAGCUCCAGCACUGCAAGCAGCGCUUCGGCCACCAAUGCCGCCGUGCGCAUGGCCCAGGACCAUGCGACGGGCGUGUUGGCGACGGUCUUCUUCCUGGCGCUUCGCGUCGCAUUGUAAAGAAUCCCUCCCACGCCGCGAAUAACGCGAAGGGAUGGGAAACCGUUAAUCAUAUGAUGGAGCACGGAGAUUCUUCUAUUGAUCGCCGGGUCUUGGUUGUUCUCAUUCCCCCUUUUUCUUCUUUGGUCAUCCCCUUUUUAGUUUCGUGACUUUUUUUUCUUUUAAUUCCUAUUUUAUGACGGGAUCCGAACACCAUUGGUAACUGGCUUGCUGCUAUUUGCGAUUAUCGUCUGCGUUACCAUGCAUCGCACUAUUCCCCCUGAUCUCGCGCCACGGGUUAAUGAAUUGCAUCCAAUUAUGUAUUUUAAUGUGUCACUCCUUGAAUGAGAAGUCUUGAGAUCGUCGUGA